GCGGUUCCGUACAGCAACAUGGCGGCGGCGCUGGUGCAGUACGUGGUGCUCCGCGGGGAUCUGGCGCGGCCUCCCCACUCGUGGCCGCUCGGUGCCGUGGUGGCUCAGGGCUGUCACGCCGCGCUGGCGGCCGUUCACGGUUACCGGGAGCAUCCCGACACCGGCGCGUACCUGGAGCAGGGCGACGCCAUGACAACGGUGGUGCUGGAGGCUCCAGAUGAGAAUUCCCUGCUGGAUUUGGGGAAAUUACUGAAAGAAAAAGGGAUCGACCACAAGAUGUGGACGGAGAACCCUGAGGGGAUCGCGACGUGUUUGGCCCUCAGGCCGUACCCCCGGGCCCUGGUGCAGCCUCACCUCAGGCACUUCCGGCUCCUCAAGUGAAUCCUGCUGGAAUUUUCCACCUUUUUCUGUAAAAUCCUGGGAUUUUGGGCUUGAAUUUUGCUUCGGAGUGGGAACGGCGGGGAUUUGAAGUGGAUUUAAAGUGAAUUUAAAGUGGAAUUUUUGGGGG